AUGGCCCCCAGCCAGGACGUGUACGCGGCCAAUACCCUCAAGGCCGUCACCUACCGCCUCUCAUCCGUCCCGGCCAAGCAGCUCCCGGCACUCAUCCCCCAUGUCACGGCGACACUCCCGGCCUGCAAGCCCGUGCUCUCAGCUCCGCAGAAUGCCUCUGGGAAGGAUGCCUCUGAGACCGCCGUGCUCGUCCACAAAUUCAGGACCCAGAUUUCCACUCUCCUCCAGGACCGCUCGGCCGAAGGGAGGUGGUCCGCCGUGAUUCUUGCAAAGUCGGCCAUCGAGCUCGGCGGCUGGGAGAUGCUGCAGAAGUGCGGCCCGUGGGUCAGAGGCCUCCUGGGCAUCUUGACCAAGCCCGACCCGCCCACCACCAAAGUCCUGGUCAUCAUUACUCUGACCCGCAUCUUCAUGCUGACGCGUGAUUACCAAACCCUCGUGAGGGAGAUUACUACGCCCUCCCUGACCCCGUUCAUCACUUCUUGCAUGAACAUUCUCUCCCGAGCUAGGAGUGCGGAUCAAGCCACCCCACAGCUGGUUGAGACCAUUCUUGAAAGCUUUGCCCAUCUGCUACCUCGCCACCCUACUACUUUCCGUCCCCACCUGGGCAAGAUCAACCAAUAUCUUUCCACUGUGGUUGCUCAGUCCUCAACCGAUGAGCAUGCCUACCUUAGCGCUGAUGGCCUAGCGGCGGCAAGGAACCUGUACGCACAGCUUCCGAAUUGCGCGGCAAAGAGCGGAUCAAAGGAAGAGUGGGAGAAGACACUCCAAAACGUCAUCGUCGCCACUCAUCAGGCUGCGGACAAGGUCUUCCGUGCCGUUAUCGAAGAUUGGGAGUCAGUUGCAGGUAUCCAGCCUCCAAGUACCACAAAUCGCACACUCGAGCAGGUUGUUCAGCAAUCGGAGCCCGACCAGUGUGGUUUCCCUGCUUGGAUUGGCAUCUAUGCCGGCGGUUCGCGUCUGAUUGGCUUGCUCGAGCUUCUGGCUAAGCUGACCGCUUCCUCUACUUCUCCGUCCGGCCCCGUCAGUUUUCGCAUCGCGCAUGUCAUGGAUCUGCUUACGCGCGUAUUAUCCAUCACUGCUCCGGCAGGCCAGAAAAGGAAAAAUCAGGAACGCGGAAUCACGUUCAAUGACCAAAUUGGAAAGGAGGAGCGUAAUGACCUCUUUACGGUGCUUCCACACAUUCACGUAGCCGCUCUUGGUCUGUUUGAAGUCAUCGUGGAUCGUUUUGGUAGCGUCGUUUCUUCUGUCAUGGAGUUUUUCCUCGAACGCCUGGCAUUCGUCUUCCAAGAGGAAAGAUCACUUGCGAACGUUCGCACCGCCUCUUAUUCCGUACUCUCCAAGUCCCUUCCCAUAAUCGGCUCGACGCUUGCCGCCCCGCAAGUAAAGAGCCUCAACAGCAUCAUGCACGCAUGCUGCGAGGAUCUCCUCCCACGGGACAACGACGCAGCAGCAGCCCCGAAGACCGGCUCAGCGACUGCCGCCAACGGCACCAAGAACCAAUCACAGACCUCAAUGAAUGCCGACAGCUUUUUGAACAAUUUAAAAAACAAAGCGUCGCAAACAGUCAUCCCAGAUAGUCUGCACGACAGCGCCUACGCGCUCCUGCCGCUCCUCCUGACCCACGUCUCGGCGCACGCCAUGGACAACUCUGUGCGGGCACGGAUCGACAGCACCGCAGUCCUCAUCCAGCACGAAGAGGCUCUCCUUGCCAGCGUCCUCAGCCUCGACCCCAGGGGCAACCCGAGCCUCCUGCCGCUAUUGGCACGACUGCAUCCGCAGUCGCCCGCCGUCGAGGCUCUGCUCCGGCCACGUGUGCCAGCCAUCAGGGCCAACGCCAGUGGCAGCCUCAACGUCACCAACGAAGAGGAAGACGAGGAUGAAGAAGAGGAAGAGGAGGAUGAAGCCGUGAAAAGUGCCCCCGAGGAGCCGGCAGCGGCGUCCAUUCCGGCCGACGAAAUGCAGCUCGACUCUGAGCUGAACGCGGCCGUAUCAGAGCAGCCAGAGCCCGUCACCGUACGGACUAAACAAGCAGAGGGGGAUGAAGCACGCAACGCUGAACCAGAAAUCACCCCCGAGGAACCCCAGUCCGCCAGUAAGAGACCCAGCACUGAAACAGAGGCACAACCUCGUUCACCGAAGCGUGCCCGUGUUGAGAGCCCGCCGAGAGACGUGCCGCAACAGGGACAGCAGGAACCGCCUGCAUCGACGCUACCGGCCGCGGUGCCUGUUGAGACAGGGUAUGGCGAAGACGAGGAUGACGACGGUGAUGUGGAAGUGCCGACGCUGGUCAUGGGAGAUGACGAGGACGAAGAGGAGAGUGGUGACGAUGAAUGA